AUGCUCGACCGUUACGUGCGGCUUUUGGAGUUCAUUGACCCCAAGGACGAUGCUCGUGCACAAAAGCUCAAGGGCCUCCUGGAAGACCUCAAGCAGUUCGAAUCAGUGUCCAAGCGUUUACAGUCCGAGUCGGUAUCGCUGUGGGAGGUGCGGGUCAUGUUCGACGCGCUAAUCACCGAGAAACCUGCUCUCAAGCAAUAUCUUGGACCACGGGCGGAUAUUGUGGCGUCUCCCGACUUUGAGUCUGCCUGCGUCACGAUUCAGCAGGACAACCAGCACGCGCUGUCCAGACAGGAGAAAAUGGCGGUGCGGCCGUUCGUGGUCAACACCAGCAGCUGCACGAACGAGGGCGAGCCCGAGGAACAAGGCACCGCUGAACGAGUGCUGAAGCGGGCUCCGGUGACGUCGGGUGACAAGCUCUACAAACUUAUCAAUGUCAUCCCUCCCACCUCCAUGUCGUCUUGA